GAGUUGUGCACACGUAUCGGUGACGUCACAACGGGAACACAAGAAAAACCGGCAUCAUGGCGAAUAACGUUACCUACGUAUCGACCUCAGAAAGCGACGAAGAAUCUGUUGAUUUAUACAUGUCUGACGGCUCAUCUAACCUUGAGAUGGACGGGACAACCUACGACGGAGUAACACAGCCUUACAUGUUCGAACCAGAGACGGAUGACGACCCAACCGAGGAAACUUCAGUGGCCGACCACGAGCCCGAGAUCCAAGCCAUACGACUUGGAAGCAACGAUUGGUGUAGAUGCGGACACUGUCCUGCAAUGUCUACCGAAGUGGAAAGUAUUUGUUGCAAAGAAGUCGACCAGGUCAUGAUGGAUGCCAUUCCGGGUGACCUAUCAUGCAUCACUCUCCAUCCUGGACUUGAUGCUUUCUUACCAGUCUGUUUUGAAAAUGAAGAGUUGGAAGAUAACAUAUAUGCUAUCUUUUCUAUGCAAGAUAAUGAUUUUUUUUCCAUGAGAAAUCGAUAUAUUGCCUAUCGUCAAUUUGUGAGAUGGUGCUUGGGUUGGCUUGGUCGACAUGUUCGUGUACGACUCCCAGCAUGUGCUGUUACAUGUAUCAGGAAUGCUUUCCCUGCACCGGACAGACAGUACAAUGGCUUUAAAUUUGAAUGAGAA